GUAUAUUUUGUUAAAAAGCAUUUAAGAGGCAGGAAUUCUGGGUCGUAGCCGCUCGCUAUUUUUGUGUGAUUCUUUAUCAAAAUUUGGCAGCAAUAAAAUUCGAAUUACUUGCUCUUUAAUCGACUGGCAAACGGUGUUGAUGCAACACAAGAGUGAUAUUAGCGAUACGCAAACAUAGAAGAAAGGAAAAUAUAGCAUUUAAUAAUACAAAAAAUAAUAUAAAAUUUUCCCACACUUGGCUACACCGGAUCGAAGAGAGUGCGAAAGAGUGAGAGCGAGCAAAGGCGAAUUUCGAGUGCGAAUGCGUUUCGAUUGGCAGAAACAAGACAACGAUUGCCGUCGUACAUCGGCCACCGAUUUUCUUUGCCGUUGGCUGUUGUAAGUUUUAUUUCUACAGUAAAGGAAUCUAAUUCAGAAGCAUUUGAGAAGCACGAGCACGGUUAACAAAAUGUUAAUAAACCUAAAGGUGAAAACUUUAGAUGCUCGCACACACGACUUCAGCAUCGACAAUGAGUUAACCAUACGCCAGUUUAAGGACCAAAUCGCAGAGAAGACUAAUAUUGCAGCCGAGAAUCAGCGCAUUAUUUACCAAGGGCGCGUGUUGUCUGAUGACAAACAAGUGAAGGAAUACGAUGUCGAUGGCAAAGUUCUGCAUGUGGCCGAGCGUCCGCCCUUCUCGCAGCGCGGCGCUAAUGCAACGAACAACGAUGAACCGAUGCGUGGAUUGAACCGCCUUCCCGGCAGACCAGCACCGCGGAAUCUGCGCAAUGCGCCAUAUUUCAGGGCACUCGACGGCAUGUUGGUGGGCACUAUGGCCAUACCUGUGAACAAUGGACCACUGACUGCUGCGGGCAAUCGCACACCUCCGAAUCGCUUUCCCAACUCGUCGUCCUUCUGCAUUAAUCGCAUCACUGUUGCCCAGCACAUGAUCGACUGUGCCAAUAAUAUAGCUGCAUAUCUGGAAAACCCCGAGAUCGGGCUGAAUAAUCAAUCAUUAGAUAUACUGCAACGCGGGCAUUGGACUAUGGAGUCAACGGUGGUCGAGGUGGGCGUGUCGUCUACCGAUAUUCCACGCAACAAUAACAUCAUUGACAUGGUACAGGACGCAGUCACCGCUGCAUUGUCACGCAACACACCUGGUCGCAACUAUACAGUGGUGCAGCUGCCCACUGUCUACACCAACGAGGAGGGCGACCAGCAGCAGCAGCCGCCGCAACAACAACAGCAACAACAGUCGCAGCAGCAGCAGCAACAACAGCCAUCGGAUCGUGCUGGGAGCAGCAGCAGCGAUGGCGCCGCCAGCGUUGAUACGAGCGAGGAGACUACAGCAGCAGCCGCCGUGAUCAUUGAGGAUGUAAUUGAGACAGAUGAUGAGGCAGCCGAUGGGACUAACACGCCACCCGGUGAGGACGACCGCUCCAACUCGCCGCAGGCAGAGGCAGCGGAUCGAGGCGCAGCAGCUGGAACAGCAGCUGCUGGAGGUACGCAACCGAACGGUGCUGGCAAUGGUCCGCGCCGUCGUACACGUCCCGAGGUGCUGGCGCGAGUCUUUCAGCGCUACCGUACUGUCGAGCAACGUUUGGCGCCCUUCCUCGAUCGCUACUACGAGAUCUUGCAGCAGGAUCCCAGCUUCGAGGAACAGGACACAGCUGGACGCGAAAAUGCACAACGCAUCUACGAUCGUGUCUCCGAGGCUCUGCACUAUCUGUCGCAUGCCCAGCAUGCCAUCUCGGACUUGAUGCUGGACCUGUCUCAGCCCGGUCCGCGUGUGCUCACCUGCCGGCCCAUUCUCGUGGAGCAGAGCGGCUACAUACGCUCCAAUAAUAUCUUUACGCCCAAUCUGGUGGGCGCUCCGCUUGCAGACCUCAUUGCCCAAGUGCCGUCUGCGUCUGCAGUACCACAAGCCGCGGCACCAGCCUCUGCCUCCGCUGCAUCUAAUCCACAACAACAGACUGCGGCUGGAACAGGCUCAGGCACAGGCACAGCUUCAGCUUCAGCGCAACAACAACGAUCCGGAACUGAUCAGGAUGGAGUAGAUGAUCACGUGGAGAACUCUGUUGAAGUCGAAGCAGCGCCUAGGCCAAGGCUAAGUCUAUAUAUGCCUGUGCCAUUGCCUAUGUACAAUCCUCAAUCUCGAAUGUCACGUCUAAUUCAGGCUGUUGCUAAUGCCACAAACGAUGGGGAGCAGCGUCCACAGGACCCACAGGAUGGCUCUAGCAUGCAAGAUAUUGAGGAGGAAGAUUAUAUAGAUCCCGAGGAACGUAGCCGAAGAGCAGAUGAGCUAACAGCGGCUGGCAUUGCUGAUGCAGAUGCUGCAGCUGCUGCACUCGCUGGCCUAGCCAAUCGAAAUGACAACUUUGAGGAUCCUGUGGAUGAGCCCAUGGUGGCGCCAGCUGGCACCAAUGCAGCCGGCACACAAUCUCGUGCAGAUGCAGAUGAGCACGCCGAGCGUGCGGCUGAGGCUAACGAAGCACCCAGGCCAAGGUUUCGUCUCUAUAUGCCUGUCCAAAUGCCAACGCCCAAUCCUCAGAUGCGAAUGGCCCGUUUGAUUCAGGCCGUGGUCAAUAGCGCCACAAACGAUGCGGAUCUGCGUGUCGAGUUCAAUGUGCCCAAUGUGAUGUCCAUAAAUUUGCCGGUGCAUGUGAUGACCGCUGCUGUGCAUCCGCAAGCCCAAGCCCAGGCCCAAGCCCAGGCCCAGGCUCAGGCUCAGGCACAGGCCCAGGGACAGGGUCAGGGUCAAGCACAGGGACGACCAGCAGCCGCCACCGACAGUGCCGGAGCUGGCGAAGCAAAUGUGGCAGCUGCCGCAGCAUCAGCUGGAGCUGGUGCUGUUGCUGCUGCCGUUGCUGCUGCUGCUGCUGCUGCUGCGGCUGCCGCAUCCACAUCGAGUGGCACGCGCAGCGGCGAGCAGCGCGCCAAUACAUUGCCCACAACGGCCACGCAGACGCGCUCGACAUCCCGACCACAGAUUCAGAUUGGCGGCAACAACAAUUGGGCCGGACGUAUUGCACCUACGCAUACGGCGUUCGAUCGUUUCUUGCCCUGCAAUAGCCAUCAUAUUCGUGAGCCGGAGCCAAUGGUUCAACAGCAGCAACAACAACAACAACAACAACAGCAAUCCAACAACAACAUCAGAAGCAGAAACAACAACGUCAGCAGCAGAAACGCCUCGGGCUCGGGCUCGGGCUCGGGCUCAGCUGCUGCAACAGCCGGCGACGCAGCUGCAGCUGCAGCUCUGGCGGACAGCCGAGAGACUUGCAAUCUACGCGCCCAACUGCGCAGCUUUCUGCACCACAGCGUCUUCGAGGGCGCCUCGGUCAAUCCGUACACGAUGCAAACGGCUGUGAGCCGAGCUCUGGACUGGUUCGGCGACAAUUUGGUCUUUCUGCGUCAGUACGAGCUGCCGAGGUACAAUUCGCGGGACUCCGUGUGCAAUACGCUGCGCCAGAGCCUGCAACGGAUCAUCAUGUUGUGCUACGGCAACACCUGCAGCAGCCACUUCGAGCAUCAGCUAAAGCAAAUCUGCGAUCAGUUCCGGAAGCGUCUAUACAGCGUGCUCUUCCUGUGCCUGGGCACCACCAAUGCGGAGCUCUACUGGCGGCAGCUGAUGCGACGGCUCAGCGUGCCGCUGCGUUUAAAUUUCCGCAAUGAGGCCUUGCAGUUCUUGUGCAUCUACAUAGAUCCCACAAUUCCUGCAACGAUAGACGCCGCCGAUGCUCAACAGUUCCUCGUGCUGCGCGAAGAAGUGACAACGGGCGCCGAUGCCGACCCGGCAGAACAAUCGCUCGACACCGACGUCGAAAUGGCCGACGUGGCCGGUGGCAGCAGCAUCUCCGCGGAGCCGGAGCUAUCCUUGCCCGCGGUAACAGUCGGCUCGGAACCUUGGCAUAACAGUUUCCCUCAUGACUGGCUGCCUGUGAUAACGCGCGAUCUGCAAACCCAAACAGAGCAAAACCUACCACAGCCACCCUACUCCGAUGCUUAUAUAUCGGGCAUGUCUGCCAAGCGUCGCAAGAUCAUCCAGAACGAGAAGUCAUCAAACGUGGAAUGCCUAAUUUCUAGCGGUGUGCAGCGUGCUCUCCAAAACUCCGGUCUGGCUGGCACGAAUGGUGGCGGUGCCAGCAACGCAAAUCCCACUGUUAAUCCGGAUGUUGUGAUCAAUGCCAUUGCCCAUGAUGCUGUGGUGCAGGCAUCCUACACAGAGGCUGUGCGCAACAGUGCACGCGAGCGCCUUAAGCAGGAUAUUGAUUAUCAGCCAAGCAAAUAUCCGCAAAUCACCAAGUUUACCGAGCAAAAGUAGGCGACGAGCUGGGGUCGUGUUGUGGGCGGGGUCGUGGCCAUGGCCAUGGCCGCGAAUGAAGCGUGCUUUAAAGUGUGCUUUAUAUAUGUAAAUCUUACUUUAAUAUUGAACUACUAUGUUUCAUAUUUAGUUAAUUGGAUAAGUUCUGAAGCCUGUGUUGGCCACACGAAGUGCGCGCGGCUGU